CCUAGCGCUAUCUAUGGUGAGAAUAAAUUACUAUGAAGGUACAUUAAAAGUUUGAUCGUUAUAUUAACUCGUAUUCAAGUGAUAAAGUAAAUAAGAUCUCUUCUUACGUUCAUUAAUGAAGUGUCCUAUUAAGUUUAAGACAGCUCUGUCAAUCUUCAUUGCUUAUUCAAAGGUUUUUUUAUUUUACGUUUUGACUCUUACAUUUGGUAUGCAUUCUAAAUGAAACUUAACAAAAUAAAUUGUUUUCGGGUGACGUCACAUUAAUGCGAAUUUUGGCGCCAGAUGCAAAUUUUAUUACAACUUGUUUUUGAAUUUAUUUGAUUAUCAUUUUAAAGAAUAGUUGGUAUCUUUUUUGAGAAAUUACGUCAUUUUUAGUCCCUUUGCUUUAGUUGCUUAUUUUCAUAUCGUGUGGCUUCCUUCCUGGCUGUUAUCAAUAUUCUCUAAAUUGUAUUUUAGUAAUUCUCUACUUGAAAUAUUGCCAUGGAUAAAGCCAAUCAAGCUUUAAGAAGGAGUAGUGUGAAACUUAAAUGCCUUAACACUGGACAUAGUGAUCUAAACAUGAUCAUUUCAGAUAUCGGAAAAAUGAGAUCAGCCUUCAAAAGUUUUCAUUUGGCCCAAGCUACAACUUGGGAAGAUAUGGCGAAAUGGGCUACAAAAGAAACAAAUGUUGCACUGCAAGAAACAUUUCAUAUCUUAGUAGAUGUGUUUUAUUUAUGGUCUGAAGUUCAGCUUGAAUUUAUUGCUGGGUUAAAAAAAUUCAAACUUCAGUUUGAACGGAUUCUUGAGUCAGAAUUGUUAUUAGAUAAAUCCAAAACAUAUUUAUCCUCCUGCGAACAGAAGGAUCAUAAAAUUUGGAAAGAAUUUAAAAAAGCAUCUUCAAAAGGAAAUAUAGAAGAUGCUAAACAACUCAAAGAAAGACAAGUUGAAAGCCAAGCUCUUUUGAUAAGUGCUCAAUCUGAAGUUACUUCAAAAAUAUUAGAAAAUGAACAGGUGAAACUUAUGUUGGUUAAGGGAGGUCUUUUGAAUGUUUCUUCAUACUAUUUGGACAUGGUUGGAAAAGCUAAUAUUUUGUUCCAUGCUCAUAAGGAGGUAUCUCAGUGCUUGCCAGAUAUUCAUGACAGGAAUAUUGAAGAAAUUCGUUAUUCAGGUUCUGAAGCAGCCAGAAAUAUUGUACAUAAAGCCAAAGAAGCAAUCCUUUGUUAUAAAAAGUCAUCCAAUAUUGAAAGUGCUCCUCCACCUCCAUAUUCAAGAAUACCCAACUUUCCAGCUCAUUCAGUUCUCGGAAAUGUUCCUGAAUACAGUGGGGAUAGUACAAGCCAAUUUACAUCGUAUUCCAAUGUACUUCAGAACCAAGAAGUUAAUGCAUAUUCCAGUCAAAGACGUUCUUAUUUCCCUGCUCAGUAUGACCUGCCACCAUCAGAUAACAAUAGUUUGGAAGGAGCUGUUGGAGGAGUAAAUAUUACUGGGGAUCAAGAAUUAUCAUACAGACGAUAUUCAAAUAUAUAAAUUUGAUUCAGACUUGGACUUACAUGUACUUUUAUUCUUCUCUGUUACUAAUAUGCUCUUAAAAAAAAAAAAUCUAAUGCUCUGUGAAGAAUAACACACGUAAAGUUUCGUUUUCAAUCUUAAAAUAUUGAAUAUAACAACAGUUUAAAUUCAAAACUAUUUUGAUGUUUGAAUGAAUGGAUGAAAUAUCACAAAAGAUAAUGUUAAAAGUUUACAUUAGGUUUUUCCUCUCUCUUCUUCCCCUCUCCCCCCCCCCCUUCCGCACAGGUUUCGAUUUAUAAAGAGUUUAUUUGUAAUUCAAAUUAUAUAACGUUAAUUCCUCAGUUUGUGUGAUCAUUUUGGCUUGGGUAUGAUCAUGUAUAAAAUAAGUACACAUAAUGCCUAUUGUAAUAUGUCCACACAGAUAUAUGUAUAUUGAUAUAUAUUAUGUAUAUAUUUCAUAUAUAUGAUUCAUUCAUUUCAUCAUUCAUCAUACAUAUAUAUGAUUGAAAAUCUGAUCAAUAUUCAUUCAAUUCCUUGCAGCAUUCUAAAGUAUGAUUUAGCUUCUUGUUGUUUGUUAUCUGUUUAUUCAGUUGUUGAUAAUUCCUGGAAUAGAAGUAAAGUAUCACCUUAUGGAUAUAAUCUAUCAAAUUUGGGUUACAUUCAAUAUUUAGGAGCAGUACCAGCCUUAAGGCUGGGCAAUCGGUGCUCUGGAGCACCAAACUGGAAGGGGGCGCUCCGCCACUAUAAAAUAUAUAUAUAUAUAUAUAUAUAUAUAUAUAUAUAUAUAAUUACAUUACAAAUUCUACCCAAACCGUUCGUUUGUUUCUAUUAGUUUCUAUAUCUAUUAUUUUAUUUUUAAGAUACACUUGUUUUUUUUAUUUUUGAACAAUUUAGUCGUUUCAUUCUUUAAGGUUCAGAAGUGCACAAGAGUGUAUUCGCUUGGAUUGUUUAGAAUUUUUAAUUUAGUGACGUUUAUUUUUUCACACAUGUUCAGAAAUGCUUUAUCAAACCACGUUUUUUUUUUAUUUCCCCUUUUUUUCUAGACAGGAGUUACUGACUUCUUUAAUAUCUUCCCUGAUCACUAUCUGUAACUUGUCUAUAUCAUCAUGAUCCUCACCAGAAGAUUCUAAAGCUUCUAACUAAUUCUUACCUUCUACCUCAAAUUGAUUUCUAAUUCUUUUGUCAUAUAUUUUAAGUUUUUUUCUGAGUUUCACGUUUACUAAUUCAUGAUCUGAUCCAUAUUCUUAUAGUAUAUUUAUGAAUAUCAUUAUGUUUGUUUACCAGCGUUCCUGAAAUAUGGACUCCGAAAUCAUAUCAAUAAAGAAUUGUAUGACCCUCAAAGCUUAGAAAUCCGGUACCUAAACAAUGUUUUCCGCUUCCUCCAUACUAAAUAGUGUGCUUACCUUCCCUUAUGGAAUCCUCCCCUAGCCAUAUAACCACUUACAGUGCCACAAUACCAAAAUUGUGUCCCUUAUGGAAUCAAGUUAUAAAUUAACAAAUUUAGUACUUAACCUUCCCCCUCCCUCACCCACAACUUUAAUCGUUUUAGUUGAACUUAAACCAUUGGCCAUACUUAUUAUUAACAUGUGAUUUUUUACAUAAUUUCGUGGAAUAUUAUAUAAGUAUAUUAUUAUUUUAACAAAUGUAUAUAAAAUAAUUUAUAUUGAAUUUGACAAAAAAAAUUAAAAUGUUAUUGGUUUUAAAAUUAAAAAUUACUGGUUCAUGAUAGACCCUAUAAUAUAAUGAUUGUAUAAUUUAAGAUGCUGAAGAGGGGGACAGAGAUUCCCUGAAGCGUUCAUUAAUAAAUAAUAAUGAAAAGCUAAGUGAUUUUUCAUUAGAUUGACCUAUAGGCAAAUACUUACGAUCCAUGUACCUAUACUUAAUUCUCUAAUUUUCAACUUGCGCCAUAGAUCCCCCAAAACAGUCCUCACUCGGAGACCUGAACAGGGAACUAGUUUACUUCAGGAUAACAAGUCUAGAAGGUCAUUCUCAUUGCUGGUCGGAGAGUCCAUCGGACCUAACCAGGAGAAGCUUCCACCAACCAUCCCCACUUGUCAUCUGUGGGACACUCCCCUACGUGGUAAGGAAAUCCUUGCAAGGUCAUACUUUGCCUUAGUUUUAUUAAUUGGGAGUCCCAUUUUUAGUGCAACAAUUUCUACACCAUCCACAGAUGCUAAUGACUGAUUUGUUUGCUAGAAUCUCCAAUAAUCAUCUGCAAAUUAGUAGCAGGUAAUAAAGAAUCUCCUUGUCAAAUUCCUUCUUCAAUAAAUACAAAAUAACUGCUCUCUAAAAAGUUCUAUCUGAUAAACAACGAUUUUUAUAAAUUAAAAAAAUAGUUUUUUUUAACCUAUUUCCCUAUAAAUUAUCUAUCUGAUUUAAAUUAAGUUUAUACUUGUGUUAAUUUAAAUAAAAGUUCAAGAAUUCUUUGUAGACUUGCUGUGUAAAAUCGUGAAAUGUUAGCAAUUUCGAUCAUUUUUUCAUCAUUUACAUCAUUAAAUCAUGUUGAAAUAUUCACAUCGAAUGCACAUCACAUCCUCUUCUAAUGGUAUGACAGGAAGCCUUCCGUAAGCCAAUGAGUAUCGAUGACAUCUAUAUUGUGCCUGAUUUAUAAUUAUUUGACUGUUUUCGAGCUAUGAGGCCUGAUCUUUUUCUCCUGCAAUAAUGAAAUCAUCUUCAACCUAUUUUUCCGAGUUCUAUGCUAUCUCUUCCGAAGAUCUACUAUUAUUGACUAGAAUCAUAAAAUAUUCUUCCCUACUUGCCAUUGCAUCUCAUAGUAUACUGAGAAUAUUCCUUUGAUAUGAUUUAAUGGAGGUUCUUUCUCCCACAAGUUUCAAAUAGUGUGGUAAAAGAGCUUUUAGUUUUCUUGGAAACUUUCUUUCAAUCACUUACCAAGAUCUGCCCAAACAUUCUCUUAGAGCACAAAACCAAUGCUUUGCCCUUUUCUUGCUACAUUGCAUAAAAAGUGUAGUUUUCUUCUGUGGCCUUGUUCAAGUAUUAUCUUUAGUAAACUUUCUUCUUUUUAAUUUCUUACUUCUUUUCAUUAAGUCAUUUAAUCUAUGAUAUUUUAUUAGAUAUUAUUCACAUCAAGGUGUUAUACAACAGAUUUAUGUUAUUUAAAAAUCUAUGAUUUAGGUAUUUAAAAACUGUUUCUAGUCUCUUCAGUUACCCUGAGUCAGUUUUAAAGAAAACAAGGUAUCAGUUUGGUAGGCAUUCAAAUCUGUAUUGUGUAUUGCGUGUGUCUUAAGCUAUAAACAAACCAGGGUCGUAGAUCUAUUUUACUUAAUGAAACUUUUUAUAUGCUGUGGUAGACUACGAAUACAAAAGAACAAAACUCAAAAAGAGACAUAAAUUUAUUGCCACGAUAUAAUUUGAAAAUUCCAAACACAAAGCUUGAGUCUCUAAAAUACCAGUAAGCAAGGCCAGUUAACCUUUGGCUGAUUCAGGCAUUAUUAGGACAGCAAAAAACAGAUUAAAUAUAUGCUAACCAAGUAUAGCACAUCUUACAUCAACAGUUUAACAAAACAUACAUCAAAUAGAGGCAGUGCAUCACUCCAAGAUAUCUAAUCACCUGAACUAAUUUACUGGUGCUUUAGAGACUCAAGGUUUAGCAUUAAGAUUUUUCCUAGUGGUAGUCUAUGUUAUUAAUUUCAUUAUCCACUUACAAGGAGAUGAUACAGUCUGUGGGUCACCGAUUUUUACCAAAUUUUUUAUUCAAGCUAUAAAUUAAGAAAAACUUCUAACCUAUUUUUAUUUUAUUUCUUUAGUUUUAAGUUGUUUAUGAAGGUCAGGUUUAUACCAUUUCGUGUGGAUCGGUUUAGCCCUUCUAAAGUUACCACAAGUUUUGUGGUUGCUGACAAAAUUUGGAAGGGUCCAGCCUAGGCUAAAAUUUCGUGCAGAAAAUUUUAAUUUUUCAAUUGCUAUAAAAAUUCGUAUUUAAGGAAUAUUUUUGGAAAUCGUAUUUGAGGAGCGAAAAACAAAUAUCAACUUUGUUUCUCUCUAAAAAAAUAUUUUUGCUGGACCUUUCAAAAUUUCAUCAACAACCACAAGACUUGUGACCACUUUAGAACGGUUUCACAGGUCUACAAGAAAAUGAAUAGAGAUUUAGGCUUCUGUGUGCUACACAAAAUGGUAUAAACCCGACCUAUGUUAACAAAUUAAAAUAAAGAUAAAAUAAAAAUAGGUUAAAAGUUUCUCUUAAUUUCUAGCUUUAAAAAAAAAAAUGAAAUCCAAAAGUUAUUGAUGUCAGUUGGAAGAGCAUUAAUUCAGCUUUCCAACAGUUAUAUUAAAGUUGAAUUUUAAGAAAAUCCUGAGGAUUUAUGAAUGCUUUAGUUGAUAGCCAGAAAAAAACAUCCCAGAAAUUCAAGUACUAAAGGUUGUAUUUUUUUAUUUGUAUAACAAUUUGUAUUUAAGAGUUUUAAAGCACCCUAAAAAGUAAACAAAAAUUUACUUGGCCUUCUUUACUGGAAGCACCUUUUGGUUUUUGUAAUUUAUGGUACAUUAUAACUCAUUUAAUACAAUACAAUAGUUAGUUGUUUUUUUUCUUAUGCUGCACAAAAGAACAAAAACAAUUGAUAUAUAGUAACUUAAACAUCAGGGCUAAGAAAAGGCAAAAACAAAUAACAUAAAUUUUGUUUUAAAUUAUAUAAUAUUUUUUUAUGGGCUUCUAUGGCCCAUUGGCUAGAACGCCGGAAUAUGUGUCUAAUAUUUUUCGAUUUAGUAUCACAAAAAAAUUAUUUUGUUGAAAUCAGUGACCCAGAGGCUGUAUCCUCUCCUUGUUAGUCUUUGUUUAAUUGUUGUUGUAAAUUCUCAGAUUACUAAAAUUAUUGCUGUAAUAAUUAUAAGAUUCUUUGUAAAAAUGAUAUUAAAAUUUGUAUUAAAAGUUUUAUAUGUUUGUAAAUUGAUUUAUAUUUUGCUAUAAUAAACAGUGAAAGUUGUUUCUAAGUAUCCAUUUAUUUGUUAUAAUUUCAAUGUUUGAUGAUUUCAAAU